AUGGCUGGUCCACCCCCGGUCAUCGAAGGUUCCUUGAAAAACACAAUUCAUGCACUUGCGUUUGGACUUAUUGUCGCCACGCUUGUGGUGAAUUUUGGCAAGUUUUUCCUACCGCACUUUUUCCCUUACAUGAUGGGAGUUGUGAUAUUUUUUGAGGCUGUGCUUUUUUCGUUGGACAAGCCUAAAGAAAAAUACGACGUAUUUCAGCCCGCUGGUUUAAAGGGUCAGCACAUGGUUGAUGGGUCUAACUCACCGCAAAUAACAGUGUCUGCGCCUGGGGAAGACGCUGAAUUUUCGCCCCGAAAACAAAGGGUCAAAGAUAAACAAAAGGCAAGAAAAGAUCAUAAGGGAAGAAGAGAAAGCGGCAUCCCAGGUUCACCUUCAAGGUCGGCUCCUAGGCGUAGUCUAAGUGUACCACCAAUUACUGGAAUGGAAACGGCUGAUGGAGCGGGUGAGAAGGGAAAGGAGAAAAGUGAGAAGGAAAAGAAAAAGGAGGAGGAGAAAGAAAAGAAGAAAGAGAAAGAAGAAGAGAAGGAACGACAGAAAGCCGAGAAGAAGGAAGAAAAAGAAAAGGGAAAGGAAGGAGAUGAAGAUAAAAGUGAGAAAGGAUCGUGGAGGAAACGACUUGGCAAGAAACAGAACAGUGAAUAG